AUGGGGGCCCCCCCUCUCGGGGGCCCCCUGGGGGCCCCCAUGUGCGUGGCGGGGCCCCCCGGGUUCCCGCUGCAGCAAGCUGCUGCUGCUGCUGCUGCUGUAGCUGCUGCUGCUGCUGCUGCGCCUGGGCAGCAGCUGCGGCGCUGCUGCUGCGUCGUCUGCCGUGUGGGAUUUUCGCAGUUCUUGCGCUGCAGCGGCGCUCUUCGCGCCGCUCCUUUUCCUGCUGCUGCUGCUGCUGCUGCUGCUGCUGCUGCUGCUGCUGCAGCGGGGAGCGAGCUGCUGCAGCGCGCUGCUGCAGGGAAACCUCACGAGAGCUUCCAAAAAAAGCUGCACUUCAAAGACAUUGUCCAAGUGCAGCAGCGCAGCAGUUUGCCGCGCCCGCGGAGACACCACAACUGGCAGCCCGCAGGGCAGCAGCCGCAGCUGCCGAAAGGCGUCUUCGUCCGUCAAGUCGUCCCCUAUGUAGAUCACUCCCAGCUGCAGCAGCAGCAGCAGCAGCAGCAGCAGCAGCAGCAGCAGCAGCAGCGGGGGCGGGGGGGGGCAGUGGGGGCGAGGCGCACGCGAGGGCUCAGCUACACAGGGAGCUGGGCCACCCCCACCAGCAGCAGCAGCAGCCGCAGCAGCAGCAGCAGCGCCAGCAGCAGCAGCAGCAGCAGCAGCAGCAACAGCAGCAGCCGCAGCACCAGCACCAGCACCAGCAGCAGCAGCAGCCAACACCAGCAUCGGCCACAGCACCAGCACCAGCAACACCAGCACCAGCACCAGCAGCACCAGCACCAGCAGCAGCAGCAGCAACAACAGCAGCAGCAGCAGCAGCAGCAGCAGCAGCAGCAGCAGCAGCAGCACCUGGGGGCUGUAGGGGUCGAUGCCGACAGCUUCGAGUAUCCAACGGACAGCACUGCCUUUGUCCCAAUCAGCAGCAAUUCGGAGAUCGAAAAGUUCCAGCCCGAAGCACUUCUGCAGCUGCGGGUACUGCUGCAGCACAGCAUCUACUGCUGCUUCCAGUUUGCUGCGCGCCUCGGGGCAGUGCCUGACGCGCAGCAGCAGCAGCAGCAGCAGCAGCAGCAGCAGCAGCAGCAGCGGGAGAGGUGCAGAGCGCAGCAGCGAAAAACGCGGCAGCAGAGGCGGCGAAAAAGGCGCAACAGCAGCAGCAACAGCAGCAGCAACAGCAGGAGCAACAGCAGCAGCACAGGAGCAGAUAGGCAAAACAAAGGCCGCCUAGCCAGUCAGGAAGCACGUGUGCAGCAGCAGCAGCAGCAGCAGCAGCAGCAGAAGCAGCAGCAGAAGCAGCAGCAGCAGAAGCAGCAGCAGCAGCAGCGUGAGCAAUGCUUAGUGCUACUCCGCCAAAAGCAUCAGGUGCACCGCCAUUGGCAGCAGCAACAGCAGCAGCAGCAGCAGCCCCAGCGUCAGCAGCUGCAACAGCAGCCGCACCUGCAGCAGCAGCAGCACCACCAGCAGCACCAGCAGCAGCAGCACCAGCACCAGCAGCAGCAGUACCAGCAGCAGCAGCAGCAGCAGCAGCACCAGCACCAGAAGCAGCAGCAGCACCAGAAGCAGCAGCAGCAGCAGCAGCAGCAGCACCUGUAG